AUGAGCCAUAGAUCCUCAUCACGAGGCCGGCCUCCAUCGCAAGGCUCCUUCCGAAGCCGCAGCCCAUUAAGCUAUCUAUCUGGCAGUGAUUCAGCAGGUCAAUCCUUACCGCUACAAGUCCUAUCAGCCCAUAACCAACAUGAAGUACCCCCUGGCCCAUUCCAACCUCGUGGUCCAUCAAGCCUCGCAUCGGGCGGUGCCCCUCCGAGCAUUACGUUGCCAUCAGCAGCCCAGCCGUUACCAAUGCCGCCAGCAACAGCUGCGCCGGGCUCGUUUGUCAGUCGGGCUCCACCAAGCUAUGUUACUAAUCCAGCAGGUCCGGCAAGUGUCCAUGCGGGAUCCCAGGUUCAUUCAAUACCACCUCAAAGCCGGGUAGGUUCUCGUCGUGGUAGUACGGCUCUAGGUUCAAGAAGAAGCACUGGCAGAGGGGCUGGCGGUCCAGCCCUUAAUGAUCCGUUGAACGACCUUGAUACUGUGCGAGGACCAACUGGUGUUUCUAAUCCUGCUCCGAGUGUCGGCCAUGGUCAGGUAUUCGGUGGUUCUGCGGUCCAUUCACAUUGGGUAGGGCAUGGUCCACACUUUGGAGAGGGAAGGGGAGGAGCGCUUGGUGGUGUCCCCCAUCAUCGCAAUCGUGGUGAUGAAGCGGCUCAGAACUGGGACGAGUCGAAAAAGUGUAUGAAGUUAUCAGCAUGGUGCUUUUUGGCUGCGCUUAUUCUUUCGGCAAUUGUCAUUGGGGCUAUUGAAGGCUCAAAGAAGGGCUAG